CGGCGCUCCCGGCUCGGGCACGGCAGGUGGAGGGAACGCCGGGCAUGGAGGGGCCGAGGCAGCGCUGCCCGAUGGCCCCCGGUGCGCAGGGCUGGGCCCGGGCCGGCCGCGGCACCGCGCUGCUGGUGCUGGCGCUGCUGCUGCUCCUGCACCCCCUGCUCCGGGGCCUGGCUCUGCAGCUGCACUCGGCUCUCACGGGCAGCUACGUGCCAGGGACACACUCGGUGGUGUUUGUCACCUGCCUCAACGAGCACAUCGCCAGGGACAUCGCCAGGGCCAUCAUGGACAGGAGGCUGGCUGCCUGUGUGAACAUCCUGCCCAAGAGCUCGGCCCUGUAUUUCUGGAAAGGGGAGCUGGAAGAAUCCACUGAAAUACUGUUGCUGGUGAAAACAAGGACGUCCAAAAUAGGGGAAUUGUCCAACUACGUCAGAUCCAUCCAUCCCUUUGAAAUCCCCGACAUCAUCAGCCUGCCCAUCGAGCAGGGGAACCCUGCCUACCUCCGGUGGAUGGAGGAGAACGUCCCACGGCACUGAGAGGCACAAAGUACCGCUCAUUUUUGGGGAGUAAUAAGGCAGAUUUUAUCCUCUGGGGUUUGCUGUGACACGGGAGCUCGGGACUGGGAAAGCUCCACUCCUCUGCCUGCCCCUGAGCGCUGGGCAGCCCGGAGCUGGUGCAGGAUGAGCUGGGGAAGAGCUGCCUGAGCCCAGAGCUGUGCAUGAGGAUGCAGAGAUGCCCCUGUCAGGACACUCGGGGCUGUCAGCAGCGAAUUCCAGCCGUGGCCUGGUGGUGCCGUGUGUCCCCACAGCCCUUCCUGGCAAACCCCAGCAAACCCCAGCAAAGCCCAUCAAACCCCAGCAAACCUCAGCAAACCCCAGCAGGAUUCAGCCCUCCCUGUCACAGGGAGCUGGGAUGAGCUGGGUGGGCCAGGUCAGGGAGCCCAGGUGCCAGCAGGACCAUGGAUAGUGGUAUAAAGGACAAUAGUAAUCCAAUGGUUUUAGGAGCCACUCACCUUGGUGCAAGUCCAAGUGAAAGUAAUGGGCCUCUCACUAGUCCUAAAUACAUCCAUACUCUUAACCCUAGUAACCCUCUCCACCCCCAUCCUAUUUCCACUUCUAUCCAACAACCUCAAGAACACCCCCAACACAAUUACAAACACAGCCAAAACCUCCUUCUUAAUCAGCCCAAUCCCAAUAGCAACCUACAUCCACUCCAGAACAGAAAGCCUCACCUCCUUCUGAGAAUGAGAAUUCAUUAUAAACUUCAAAAUCCCCAUCGGCCUAAAAAGAGACUUCUACUCCCUCACCUUCUUCCCCAUUGCACUGUUCAAGGUCCUGCUGGCACUGUGUCCCUACCCCACCUGAGCUGAGCUUUGUGAAAGGAUCCUCGUGUUCAUGGUUUCUGGGACAUAACUUAAGGGACAUUUUUGGGUUAUUUAUGUGACUGGGAAGGGAAUAAAGAGGAGUUUCUUAUCUGGGCAGGAGGAAUGGCCUGUCCUGGGCUUGCACAGCUCACCUGGCACAGAGCACAGCCCAGCAGCACAACCCGUGCUGGGCACUGGGCAUCCCAACCCAAUAAUGCUCACACUACAGAAAAACAGUGACUUUGAAAAAAAAACCCACUUUUUAAUUGUACAUCAGACAUAUUAAUUACAACUCGGGUAUAAUGAGAGGUGCUUACAAGCAGCAACCUGAAAUCAGAAGGUGCACAGAGUUGUUAUAAUCUCUAUUACAGCGAAUGCAAAAUAUACUCUGCAACAAAAAUA